UCGAUUCUAGGGGAAUAUAUGGUCGAUGCAAAAACUUCAUGUUUCUCCGAAAUAGCCAUAGUCGGAAGCUGAGGCCAGAGGCAGCCGGGUGCGGGGCAGUUUCCUUUCUGUUUUAUUACCUUAGACUCCAGGAAGAUGGACUGAGCCUGGUGACACGGGGGGAGCCUUUUCCCCGAAGCCCCUCACGUUUAAACAGAGGUUCCCGUGUAAACCCUUAAUUGGUUGCAUGAAUGCAGGGCCAAAGGGCUAGCUUUUGGGGAGCUGGGGAGCAAGGUGGAAAGCCAGGUAGCCCCAGCCCCAACUCUGCCCUCAAGGAGCAUGAAGUGAGGUCAGAGGGUGCCCAGUGAGGAGGCUCACAGGUCGUUGACUGCCACGUGGGAAAAGGGAGUGCAGGGUCCUUUGGAGCCUAUCUGGGUGAGGUGGGGGUGCCAUCGUCACCUUCCAGGCCCACCCCUCAGCUGUAUGAGCUGGGUGGAGGGCGGUCUUGCCAUACCUGUAAGACCGACUUUGGCUAAAAGCACUCCAUCCUGGGCACUCACAGCAAGCUUGGCAGUUACUCAUCGCCUGAUUUGAUUCGGGCCCGCCAGACUGUUGCAACUUUUGGGUGACCCUGAGGAAGACAAAGCCGGGACUCGGCCUUUGUAUGGCAGAGUCCCCGUUCCCGCGGGCGGGAGCCCUGCCUGCCUGGGGUACUCUGCCCAACUCAGAGGCUGCCUCACCCACCGGCCUUUUGGCAUUCUGCAGCCUGACAGAGUUGGGGUUUCAUUCCCCCUUGAACUGUACCCAUUUUGGGGGGCUGUAUCUCAGCGGGGGUGAGUGGAGAGGACACUGGAGGUUAACAAAGUCAGUGGCAGACAAAAGCUGGGAUUACCUGCCAGGAAUGAGGGUGCGGGGAAUUGGAGAACUACACUAACAUCUGGCGGGGGCCCUCAAAUGUGCCAUGGCGAGUCACUUGAUUACACGUAUGUUAUUUAGUUAAAUUUGUGAAAAUUAUGAGAUGCUCACCAACCCGGUGAUAAACUCGCUUCCUCGCUAUUGGCUGGCUUGGUCACAUGGCCGCCAACUUUAUUCAGUUGACAGCAAGUAGGAGGGCCCUAUGGAAGGAGAAAAAAAGACAACACGAGAAAAAUUAGUAUUUUCUACCUUCUGAAAUUAAUGGCCAUGAGUUCGUAUAUGGUGAACUCCAAGUAUGUGGACCCCAAGUUCCCUCCGUGCGAAGAAUAUUUGCAGGGCAGCUACCUAGGCGAGCAGGGCGCCGACUACUACAGCGGAGGCGUGCAGGGUGCAGACUUCCAGCCCCCGGGGCUCUACCCACGGCCCGACUUCGGUGAGCAGACCUUCGGAGGCGGCGGGCCCGGGCCCGGCUCGGCGCUACCCACGCGGGGUCACGGGCAAGAAGCCGGUGGCCCCGGUGGCCACUACGGAGCCCCAGGAGAGCCGUGCCCCGCGCCCCCGGCGCCGCCGCCCGCGCCUCUGCCCAGCGCCAGGGCCUGCAGCCAGCCGGGCGGCCCCAAGCAGCCGCCCCCCGGGACGGCACUCAAGCAGCCCGCGGUGGUCUACCCAUGGAUGAAGAAGGUGCACGUGAAUUCGGUGAACCCCAACUACACUGGCGGGGAGCCCAAGCGGUCUCGGACGGCCUACACCCGGCAGCAAGUCCUAGAACUGGAAAAAGAAUUUCAUUUUAACAGGUAUCUGACCCGGCGCCGUCGGAUUGAAAUUGCUCACACCCUGUGUCUCUCUGAGCGCCAGAUCAAGAUCUGGUUCCAGAACCGGAGGAUGAAGUGGAAAAAAGACCACAAGCUGCCCAACACCAAAGGCAGGUCCUCGUCCUCGUCCUCUUCUUCCUCCUCCUCCUGCUCCUCCUCAGCUGCCCCAGGCCAGCAUUUGCAGCAGCUGGCCAAGGACCACCACACGGACCUGACGACCUUGUAGAAGUGGGGACCCUGGGCCCAUUCCUCCCUGCGCUCCCGGCUGAGCCGAAGCUGCGGGGGCAGGCCAGGCUUGCUGUCACCUCCCUGGGCUCUAAGGUACUGUGGGGUGGACCUGGGAUACGCAGGCCGCCCUCGGACUAGGUUAGCAUCCUGCCCGAGGGCAGCCCCCUCCCUGAAGCGGGAUGGGGGUGGGAGGGGGGCGGGAUUCUCUCUCUAAGUAUAUUAUCAUAUGGCAGGAGCUACUGAGAACAUAAACCUUGGCGAGUCAUUAAACUUAUGAAAAUCUCUGCUGUUGGAUUUUGAAUUUGCAAAUGAAGGUUGGAUGCUUUAUCCCAGUGUGAAUUUGAACAUCCUCCCCCACCCCACCCCUCCAGGGAUCUUGGUGGCUUAAUAAAGUGGGGGAGUUGAGGCAGCAGGUUGGCCAUCCCUGUGCUAGGUGCUUUCAGUGGAAACAGGAAAGCUGGGCCAGGAUUUCUGAACUUUCUGGGUUAUCUGUAUAAUUUCCGGUGUGAAAAAAAUAUUUUGCUCCCGGUGGCCCCAUGCCCAAAGAAAUGAGUCUAAGAAGGAAGUGGAAAUGGGUUGGGUUAUUUUAUGUUUAGAUUAUAUUUGCUUAAAUAUUUAUUUGUUGGGGGAUGGGGGACAGAAAUAACUGACAUCUUAAUGCCAAAAAUCUUAAGAAGGUGAAAGGGGCUGAGUUUCAGGGAGAAGAAUCAGAGAUGUGUGGACUAACUUCUGGCUCUAACCGGCAUUUUGAACUCCACCCCUCCCCACUCCCCGGAAAUGUGUGUGGGGGGCCCUUAACCCUUUUAGAGGGAAGCAAAGGGUCCACUCAAAGUUGAGUUCUUGAAAAUAUAUUUCCACAUGUGCUUUUUUCAGCACUGUGCUUACAACUAGUUCUGGGUGAUUAAAGGAAAGGGAAAAGAGAAAGAAACAAAUGGUCCAACAUUUUCCUUCUGGGGAAAGAAAACAACACCUCUAUGUUCUGGGUCAUUAGAUAGUGACUGAAUUUUCUAUUCCAACUGGAUUCCAAAUAACCCAUGUAGCACUAUUUUAUAGGAAUUGGUAUACGGCCUAUAUGGGAGAGGGGGUGUGUGGUGGGGAGAAAGUGGGAAGGUGGGGAAAUCUUGCUGUAAAAAAGAAAGAGAACACUAAUUGAAUCUAGAAGCCCACAAAAGUUGGUCUUAGGGUUUUUUUCCCUGAAGUUUUUUUUUUUAUUUUUUAAACAAGUGUAAGGAAGUUUUUCUCAACCCAUUGAUUAGAAGCAGAGAUUGUAAAAGUAUAAAAGUUUUAGGCCCUCCUCCUUGCCUUAAGAAUAGUGGUUUCAUAACAAUCACCCUCAAACAACAGAGGAGUGAUGUUCUUUAGUCAUUUUUCUUAUGCCUUGCCUGAGGAUUCAAGGCUCAUUUUUCUAAAAUGCUGACCCUUAAGGCUAAGGGGUGGGGGGGGGGGGGAAGAGUCAAAGGGAAUGGCCAGAGUUCAUAUACUCAAAUGAAACAGACUUUGGAAGUUUAAACCCCAAAGCUGUGGGCUCCAAAAAGAAACCCCUGGUUGCAGCUACCAAAAAGUGACAAAAGAGGGGAGGGAAAAAGGAUGAGCUUGAAAGAGAGAUUAAGAAUUGGAGCUAUUUUUUUUUUCAGUGCUUCAGAAUGCUUUAUAAAGUUCAGAGAUAAUUUUUUAAAUAUAUUUAAGUGGAGGGAGAAAAAAAAAAAAGACUUUUUCUGCACGCAUGUUCUUUGGUGUCUCCUGAGAGCUGAGAGCAGGUAUUCACUGGAGUCCCUAGGCUGAAAUUCCACUUCUCUAAAGUAUCUUCCAAGCCUUGGUCUUUUGUAUUAGACCCUGGGGACAGCUCUUUGUUCCUCCUUGGGGUGAGCCUGGCUCUCAGACUUGCACAUGGCAAUACUUGAAUAUCGCCACGUCGGGAUAUUAAAGAUGGAUAUUCCUGCAUUAUUCGCAUCAUUGUUUCUAUGACAAAAAGCAAAGAGUUCAUACAUAGUCAAGACGUCUUUUUUCUGACGCCCUCACGUUGAGAAGCUGAAAAGGUAUUUUACUGAAGUUCGGCUAAAUUACAGAAUCAGGUUCAUCCAGAGGACAAAUUUUCUAUUCGAUUAGCUGUAUUUCAGCCGGGAGGACUGACCUCUAAACCCUUAACCUUUUGGACUCUAACUACCCUUCUCUUCUUUUUUUCCCCCUCUAAUGGGGAGAGCAGUCUUUGGAUGUAGCAUUUGAAAAGAGCCGCUAUCGUUAGAGGCAAGUUGGAAAGUUGCUAAGAUUCUUUCCUAAAGCCCAAAUCUGUGAAUAUAUUGAACCUUCUCCUUGGGAGGGGGGAAAAGUAUAUAUUUUCACGACACCCAACUACAUAUAUAUUAUAAAGAUUAUUAUAUAGAUUUCCCCAUUCCCAGAAGUUCAGGUUAUCUACCCCAGCUUCAGACCAAAUGCCAAAACUGCUUCGCUGACUUCACCCAUGUCCCAGAGGAAAGCCAAGAGGCAUGUUUUGAUGAAGAAAACCCACCUUCUUCUCAAACAUAGCUUCACUACUUUGAAAAGUAACUUAAUCAGAGAAACAACUUCUUUGUUUAUAAGUCUCAGUUCUCCUCAGUUUCCAGGGAUUGUCUUUUGAAAUGUUAAUGGAGCUUGGAUGGCCCAGGGGGCAGUCCUCAACCCUGUGGUCCCAAUCGGACCCCAGCGUCCGUUUGGGCCCACAGGAGUGGGGCAGGGGAGAAGCAGCAGCACCCCCCCUCCCUUCUCAAAACCACGUAGGGCAGGGAAGGAAAUGAGUUUCCAUCUGGGAACAUACUCUGGAGAAACCUAGAUGUGGAAAGGCUCAGUGCCCAUUUGCUUUCAUUUGUUUCCAGUUUGUUCCCCCAAAUAUGAGCCAGAAGUGUUUGUUUUGGUGUUGUUGUUUUUUUUAAGCUGUGUUGGGGUCGUGACUGGGGAGGAGUGAAGUGUUUACCGAGGACAUUGCUCCUCAGACUCCCAUCUCACUUUGUCCAUUGCAGCCUUUUGUUGGGAGAUGACAUUGUCUGUCAGCCCCAUGGUGUCUGUUCACACAGGAUGCUUUUUUAAUAGAAUUGACCAAUGUUCUGCUGCCACUGAUUAAAGUAUUAUUUAUACUAAUUGUUGCCUGUAGUUUUGAUGUAAUUCAUUGAUCUAUAUUUGAAAUAAUAAAAGGUGUAGCGAAACUUC